AUGUCUCUGAGGAGCAGCCUCUUGCGUGUUCUCCCGACUAGACUGCACUUCAUCUGGAAGAAAUCCGCCCACUCAGUGGCUGUGGUAGGAGCCCCAUUUGCACAGGGACAGAAAAGAAAAGGAGUGGAAUAUGGCCCCACUGCUGUAAGAGAAGCUGGCUUGAUGAACAGGCUUUCCAAUUUGGGCUGCCAUAUAAAAGAUUUUGGAGAUAUGAGUUUUACACAAGUUCCUAAAGAUGAGCUCUACAACAACCUGAUAGUGAAUCCACGCUCAGUGGGCCUUGCCAACCAGGAACUGGCUGAGGUGGUUAGUAGGGCUGUGUCAGAUGGCCACAAGUGCAUCACGGUGGGAGGAGAUCACAGCCUGGCCAUUGGAACCAUUAGUGGCCACACCCGGCACUGCCCAGACCUGUGUGUCAUAUGGGUUGAUGCCCAUGCUGACAUCAACACACCUCUAACCACUUCAUCUGGAAAUCUCCAUGGACAGCCAGUUUCAUUCCUUCUCAGAGAACUGCAGAACAAGGUACCACAACUCCCAGGAUUUUCCUGGCUCAAACCUUGCAUCUCUUCCCCAGAUAUUGUGUAUAUUGGUCUGAGAGAUGUGGACCCUCCUGAACAUUUUAUUUUAAAGAACUAUGAUAUCCAGUAUUUUUCUAUGAGGGAUGUUGAUCGCCUUGGAAUCCAGAAAGUCAUGGAACAGACCUUCGAUCAGCUGAUUGGCCAACGACAAAGGCCAAUCCAUCUGAGUUUUGAUAUUGAUGCAUUUGACCCUACACUGGCUCCAGCUACAGGAACCCCUGUUGCAGGGGGACUGACCUAUCGAGAAGGCAUGUAUAUCACUGAGGAAAUACACAACACAGGGAUGCUGUCGGCCCUGGAUCUUGUUGAAGUCAAUCCUCAGUUGGCUACUUCAGAGGAGGAGGUGAAGACUACAGCAGGCCUGGCAGUGGAUGUGAUUGCUUCAAGUUUUGGUCAGACAAGGGAAGGAGGGCACAUUGUCUAUGACCAGCUUCCCACUCCCAGUUCACCAGAUGAAUCAGAAAGCAAAGAAUGUGUGAGAAUUUAGAAAAUUCAGUGUGCCACGAGGUGGUUACAAUGGGCAUUCCAGAGGUAUUGAAGGGAACAGAUACUAAAUGGUUGGCCAGGUCACGGUCGCCUUAAUGAGAACAUUUGUGUAUUCUCAUGAUUGUAGAGUUUCGCUUCCAUUUUAGUGAUCAAUAAUAAUACUUUUAUGCUUUUUGUAGUUCACAGGAUGUUAGUAUACUGGAGUAUUGUGUAAAUCUAAAGCAGUCAUAAACAGCAUUUUUUACCUUGGUAUA